CAAUGAACCGGGGCCCCCGCGGACCCCUUCUCGGACCCUACUUUUGGCGGCGGGGUGCAGCACGGGGAUGCUCUGAUACACAUCACUUAGUCGAACGGCUUUCUCUUUCGAAGGGAAGAAUGAAGUUUUAAAUAUGGAAAACUACGAAUACGAGGACGACAAAACAUCUGUGUUUAACGAUGGGUGGAGCAGUGAUAGUGUGCAAAAUUUUUGUUAGUAAAACAAUACACGAAGCUGAGAUAUUAGGCACUGGAUUUCAAAAGAAUCGAUUCAAAAUGGAAGCAAAUUAUACUAACACUACUCAUUUACUUUCAAUGGAGUAUUAUUACUACACAGAGAACAUGAACGCUGUUGUGUCCAUGGAUGGUAACGGAACAUCUCCCCCUUAUUUUGGCUACAGCAAUAUAUCAUGGAGAGGCUCAUCUUCAGAAGAAGACUGGAGCCAAUACACGUGGAACGGGUCUCAGUACCCAAGUGGUUACUCUCAAAUACGAAUAAUAGCAACCGCAUUUUUUGUAACUUUUAUUAUGGUGGUCAUUGUAGUGGGAAAUAUGCUCGUAUGCAUAGCAAUAGCUACUGAAAAAGCAUUAAAAACUGUCCAAAACUGGUUCAUUGCAUCUCUGGCAGUCUCUGACUUUCUCGUCGGACUUGUAAUUAUGCCAUUUUCAUUAGCAAAAGAACUAAUGGGUUACUGGAUCUUCGGAACUGUUUGGUGUGAGAUUCAUGCUGCCCUAGAUGUACUGCUAUGCACAGCUUCCAUAAAUAACUUAUGCCUCAUAAGCUUGGAUCGGUAUUGGUCAGUGACUCAAGCUGUUGAAUAUUUGAAAAAAAGGACUCCCACAAGGGCGAUUCUUAUGAUAUGUUUUGUGUGGGCACUUUCUGCACUUAUAUCAUUACCACCACUCUUAGGAUGGAAAAAGGACGACAGACCAGAAGACUACCCAUCAUGUUCACUAAGUGAUGAUGUAGGUUAUGUACUAUAUUCUGCCUUAGGAUCAUUUUAUGUUCCGUGUUUUGUUAUGGUUUUUGUAUACAUCAGAAUAUUCAUAGCUGCUAGAUCGCGAGCUAGAAGGCAUGUUAAAAAGACACGUCAAGCAUCAGAAAUUACGAAUGAUCCGCCAAGAGACAAGUCCACGACUACCACUACUUGUACGAGCUUUAGCAACCCGAGCCCACCUGAUAAAAGGCGAGAUACAGAUAUAUUUAGGUUUCCUGAUAUACCGAAAUUGAAUGGCAGCAAAAGAGAAAGUUUCUCCGCCCCAGCAGUUUCGACUAUGCCUCACAUCAUCAUAGAAGCAUCACAAGAAAUGUCAUCCUCAUCACCACCACCUCCACUUUUUUCGUCAGUAAUUCCAAAUCUUCCUCCUUCAGUCACCGAAGAUAUUCCAGAAGAAGCAGGAGAGGACGACGACGACUAUGAUCCUGACGAUGAUGAUGAAAAAGCCCAAGAAGCUGAAGAUGAGGAAGAUGACGAAUUUGUGGAACAUGUCACCCACUCCAUUGUUCCUAGACGAUUGACUAUAUCGUCAGACUUAAACGUGUAUUCCAACGAUGGCAUAAUAUCCCCUCCAAGUAAACUUCCCAUGGUUGCCGUUGUACUUGCCGAAUCUCAGUCUCCACGUUUUUUCCAUCAGCAGGUUAGACGAUCGUCCGUUAAAACAUCUAGAGGCGCAGGAUUUGGUUCAAGUACAUCUUUAUCAGACAGUGGUGCUAAAGGUGGCAACCAGCAAGAAAGCAAUGAAAUGUACAAAGUUACCUCAUCUGUGAAAAAACGGCGAUUAAAAGGUCGUUUACCUAUAAGACAGCAUGCACAUUUGUCAGCAAGGCCGUUACCUUCUGAUGCAGAACGUCAAAAAAGACGCCUAGCAAAAGCUCGAGAGCGCAGAGCAACUCUGAUCUUAGGUUUAAUCAUGGCCGCAUUCAUUUUGGCCUGGUUGCCAUUUUUUGUGCUAUAUGUUUUAGAAGCUUUGUGUUCCACAUGUGUUAUUGGACGCACUGGCUUUGCAACUGCUUUCUGGUUAGGCUACUGCAAUUCUGCACUAAACCCUAUAAUUUACACGAUAUUUAACAGAGACUUUAGGAGAGCUUUUAAAAAAAUUCUUUUAAAGUAAUAAUAUUAAUAAUUUGGGAUCCUCUGAAAUGUUUACAAUACAGUUUUGUAUUGAUGAGAUUUUCUGCACUUUUAAAUGUUGUCUUCCACAUAAAAGCUGCUAAACAAAGUGCCUGCUAAUGUUUGUAUAUCCAUCUUGUGACACAUUCGUUUGUCCUUUAUAAAAUGAACACUUCAGUGAUGCACCAAUAUGAUGUGUGCAUCUCAUUUUCCAACUAUAGUACAAAAUUUAGGCAAUACUAAAACUCGUGUGCUCCAAUUUUAAUUUCAGGUUUCAUGUUUUUUAAUGUGUGCAUGCCUUGUUAAACACAUCCUCAGCAUUACAAUAAACGCAUGUGAUGCAACAGCACUGAAACAAUUAGGAAAUCACGCAUAUCUGUAAUAAGAAAGGUUAUUUUCUUAUUAUGAAUGAUAAGCAUAAGCUUACAGACACCAAGAAUUUUGAUGAGAUGGAAGAUGGAUUUUGGAAAUGAAAUUAUUUUCCUCCUCUCUAAUGCAACUAAAACUCUAGUUUAUUACAUCAUCAAUUUAAGUUAUGUAGAUCCUUUAUAACAGUGUAUGACUUUAUAUACAAAUAUUAUUAUUCUUGUGGUUAAUGUAAUGAAACCAAUAACCAUUCAUGGUAACUGCAUCGAAUUUUUUUUUCGGAUUUCCAUGCAGGUAAAAUUUCAUUAAUAAGCAUUUCAGAGUGAGAGAUCUUAAGUUGGCUUUCACGACUUGGUGUAUUUUCUUAAUUUCAAGUAAAGUUACAUUUACCAGCAGUAAUUAAAUUGAGCUAGGUAAUAUAAUUGUAUUUUCAGUUGUAAAGGUAUACUUUAAAAAAGAGUAAUUAUAUACUGUUUAACUAAUUGGAACUAAACGUUUUAGGGAUGCUUCCUGGUACUAAAAACAAUAUUUAUUUUCUAACUUGUGAACAAUUAUUUCAAUACAGAAUAUUUAUGCUGAAGUCCAGAUAUGAUAGCUGUUUCAUACUGUGUAAAAUUAUCUGCGAAGCUUUGUAUUUGACUGGAAUAUCCACGAAACAGUGUUGAAAGAAUGCGUUGAAAAGGGUAUAAAUUUUAUAAAUAAUCUGUUCAAUUUAUUAUUUCCAUAACUGAAACGAACUGUAUUUGCAUAAAUUAUGUUUUUUUUUUUCCCUCCAACAAAUCAUGAACAACGAAUCAUUUCUUUUAUUUGGAAGAAAAAAUCAUUUACUCAAUAUUUAUAGUCACUUAAUUCUUAUAAAACAGAGUGAAUGUUUGAACAUGAAUUAGGUGCAAGUUUACUCUUUCUAAACAAGUUUCUACAUUACUAACUGUGCUACUUUUCAAAAUGUGAGUUGAAAUUGUUAAAGGCUUUUAAAUAUUUAUUUUACGUAUUGUUGGUGUAUUUUACAUUCCGAGUUAAUUACCACUUCCUUUACGAAACAGGGUUUUGUGAAAACAUAUUUAUUAAUUUUCCUAUAUUACAAAAAUAUGAAACUCGGAAAAUGUAUAAAUAAAUCCCAAUUCCAUUCAGGAUUAGUUGCAUCUCUUCUCUCAUCUUUUCUAAGAUUUCUUCAACUUUCCCCUCAAAAUACGAAAAAUAAACGAUAAACUCAAUUCGUAUUAAACGGUUAAUCAUUUGAGUAAGUUCGGUCAUUGUUUAGUAUUCUAUUACUAAGGACGCCUAUCUUCAAAGACACCCAAAUACUUUCUGCAAUUCCACAUUGUGCUGUUACACAGAAAAGCUACAGACCAGAAACAUCUUUGAUGGAGCAAGGAUUAUAAACCCGGAAAAUUUUACUCUAGUCAUGCAUAUGGUUCGGUGGCACCCGUUGCCUGCUUAAUUUACCACCCACAAGCCGCUGACUAGAUACAAACCUAGUCAAACAUCAGUAAUGGUUGGAAGGUGGGGCGUGACCCAAGCCGUACUAUGUGGAGGCUCCUCUCACUACGGACCUCAAUCAUUAAUGGUGUAAAAACUUAUAAAUCAUCUUAUCUUAUCAAUCUUAUAAAUCAUAAAUGAAUUCAUUUUGGUAUUUCCUUAUGUAGGAAUAUGUACUAUCUCCAGUUUUUCAAAUUCAUUAUGAAGAAAUAGUGAACAAAGAAAUACAUGUGCAAAAAAACCCGCUUUGAGUAAGGUACCAAAAUUGGAGACAAAACAAAAAUUGUUUAGAUCCUUUAAAUUGUUUCAGAUAAUGUUAUAUAGAAAUUUCUCCAAAAUAUUUUGUUUUUUGAAGUGCGAGUUUACCUUGAUUUAGAAAUUUAAAAAAAAAAUGUAUAACUAAAUGGUAUGAGUUUAGUCAGUGGGAACGAAAAUCAAAUAGAGAUUAGUUCAGUUUUCAAUCUCAGAAAAGUUUGAGAUGAAAAUUUUUGAAUAAGUGGAAAAGAAGACAAAAUAAAAAAUGAAAAAAAUAUUCUUCAAAAAUGAUUGGAGAAAUGAUAGUCUUGUAUUUUAAACAGCAGGGGAUUUUAUUAAUAGUAAUAAUUUAAUAUUUUCUUUAAAUUAAAAACUUUUUUAUGUUAAAAAAGUCUGCGAAACAAAAAAAAAAAAAACAAAAAAAGGAAGAAUCGUUCAUGUUCAACCAUUCAUUCUAUCAGCUACUUUGGUACUUUAGACAAUCUGCUAUUAAUAGUCAUUCUGAAAGUUAUUAAAUGUUAAAAAAAGGUGCCUUAAAAUUCUAAACAUUAAUGCAUAUAAUAUUGAGCAAUGAUAUGCGUUCAUGGGAACAAAUAUUAGCAAACAGUUUAGUAAACAUUCAAAAGAGAAGAAAAAUAAAAACAGUACAUCAAUUGUAUUUUCCUGCUUAAUGGUGAUACGUAUAAAAUAUAUAGAUGUUGCAAUUUAAAAGUUUAUUGAUCUGCUGAUGCCUGCAGAUUAAGUAAUAUUACAUAGUAAUGUCCGUCUUGCAUCCACGCUCUAAGUAUUUCAUUGUUCUUUAUUUUGAAUUGAAUCAUGUAAGUAGGUAGGUAGCGCGAUAAAUUACAGUAAGAGCUAAUAGAAUUUUUUAAAAUAUAUGCAUAAGAAUGUUCAAAAUACCUACAGACCAAUACAAAUAAAAUGUAUAAUUCUUUAAUUUUUAAAAACUAAAUAAAUUCCGUAAAAGUCAAGCUCUUAAUGAAUAAAUUAAAAGAAAUAAAAUUUCAAAAUUAUAUUUUUAAUGAAUUCCAGUUAAGUAUUUUCUUGUGUCAUGUGAAAUUAUAUAGCUAAGAUAUAAUAGAUUUAUACGCUUUACUUUAAUCCUUUACCCUUAAUCCUGAAACAGUAUUGCGUAUUUCCAUCCAAAUAAAUAUAUUAUUAAGACUCAGAAAUAAGUUUUCGGAUAGUUAAUUUCAUUUUGAUCACUUGAAACAUAUUUAUUUUGUUCACAUUGAUUCUAUCAGUAUGACUUGAAAAUGACUCGUAUAUUUCACACAUUUUUACAGUAUGUACUUACUGAAAUUCAGCAUCUGCACUUUUAAGCAUGUAUACUAUUAAUGCACUGCUCUUAACCAAAAUCAUCUUGCAAUAAACUUUUAAAAUGCAAAAUUUUCAAAGUGCUUGUUUUCACGAAAUGCAAUUAAACACACAUCAAUUAAAAUAAAUUUUAAAAUAACAAAACGUUACCUAAAAUAAAUAUUUCAUCAAAAAUAACAUUCAAGCAAUUGUAAAAGAAGCAGUCGAAAACUUUGUACAGUGAAUUGAGUAAAAAUACGACAACA